AUGACCUAUGACCUAGCCAGUGCCAUGGUGAGGAUUGUGAACCUGAUUGCUAUGAUGCUACUGCUGUGUCACUGGGACGGAUGUCUGCAGUUCCUGGUACCCAUGCUGCAGGAGUUCCCCUCUGACUGCUGGGUCACCAGGAACAAGAUGGUGAAUGACACGUGGGGCCAGCAGUAUUCCUAUGCCCUGUUCAAGGCUAUGAGUCACAUGCUGUGUAUCGGGUACGGUAUGUACCCUCCUGUCGGCCUGGCGGAUGUGUGGCUCACCAUACUCAGCAUGAUCGUGGGUGCCACCUGCUACGCCAUGUUUGUAGGCCAUGCAACCGCUCUCAUUCAGUCACUGGACUCUUCCCGACGGCAGUACCAGGAGAAGUAUAAACAGGUGGAGCAGUACAUGUCCUUCCACAAGCUUCCUGCCGGCAUGCGGCAGCGGGUCCAUGACUACUAUGAACAUCGUUUCCAGGGCAAGAUGUUUGACGAGGAGAGCAUUCUGGGGGAGCUGAACGAACCGCUCAGAGAGGAGAUUGUCAACUUCAACUGUCGUAAGCUGGUUGCUUCGAUGCCUCUGUUUGCCAACGCCGACCCCAACUUUGUGACGUCAAUGCUGACCAAGCUGCGUUUUGAGGUGUUCCAGCCUAUGGAUAAUGUGGUUAUGGAAGGGACCGUUGGCAGAAAGAUGUACUUCAUCCAACACGGGGUGGUCUGCGUCAUCGCCAAGGGCACCAAGGAGACCAAGCUGUCUGACGGGUCCUACUUUGGAGAGAUCUGCCUGCUGACUCGAGGCAGAAGAACAGCCAGUGUUCGCGCUGAGACAUACUGCCGGCUGUACUCUCUGUCUGUGGACAACUUUAACGAGGUCCUGGAGGAGUACCCCAUGAUGAGACGGGCCUUCGAGACCGUGGCUCUGGACCGGCUGGACCGCAUAGGAAAGAGGAACUCUGUGCUCCAACACAAAGUCGCCCAGAACUCAGGAACUGUGAACCUCCAGGAGAAUGAGAUCAUCCAGAGGAUCGUACAGCAUGACCGUGACAUGGCUAUCCAGAGCAACAUCUCUCCCCAGUCCCUGAACCUCCCAUCCUCCACCUCAGGGGUCAUCUGGGCUCCCCUGGUCCAGGGCCCCCUCCAGGCCGCUGCAGCCACCACAUCCCUGGCUUUGGCCUUCUCUCACUCCCAGCUCCAAGCCCAGCUCCCUCCCAUCCUCUUCCACCAUCCGCUCCCCGUCUCCAGGUCGUUCAAGGAUCCAGGAGGCCACCGUUUGGAAAGGGGCGUGUUUGUGGGCGUGUCUGCAGCUGGAGGUAUGGGCGUUCCCGGCUGUGGCUCCGGGGCUGCAUCUCCGGCCGGUUCUGUGAAGUUCCGUUCUGGAGUGGACACUCCGAUAUUAGCCUCGUUUCGGGCGCAACAUCUAGUCUCCACCUCCUCCUCCUCCAUGUCUCCUCUUUCACCUAUGACCUCCAUGUACCAGCCCACCACCACCACCAACUUCCAGGCUCAGCCCAGCGGAGGCGCUCCCUUCCUCUUGGGCCAGGCCUCAAUCCAGGGGUAUCCGUCCUCCUCCUCCUACGCGGCCCAGCUCCACCACCACCACCACCACCCGUACAGCCCACCAAGUUCCCAACAGCAGGGGGCAUCAGUAAGACCCACCAUGGACUCGGGAAGGUUCUCAGCCCCCUCUGGUUCCACCCUAAGCCCUCUCAUCUGUAGCUCUGUCAGCCCCAUCCUGAGCCAGCUACAGCAACACGACUCCUCUUCCUCUCACGCUACCAGCUCUCAGCAGGUCCAGAGGGGGAUGGGCUCUGGUGAACAUCAGGAGAGAGCAUACUCCCACUGUUCCUACGCCAGCACCAGCCCUAGCUACACCACCCAAAACCACAGCUCCAGUGGGUUUCUAUCAAUACCUAUCCCACAACAGGCCAGCUUUGGAGGUGGUGGAGCCUCAUCCUCCCUGGUGCAUCACAGUCUGGCGGGUCUGCAGUCCAGCCUCCAUCCCACCCUCCACUCUGGCCUCCACCCUGGCCUCCACGCCGGCCUCCUCCCUCAGGUUCUCCCGGUGGACUCUGCCCAUUCAUCCCACUCUGCCCUCGCCUCGCUGGCCCAGUACGGAUCAGGGAAUGGCUCCCCGUCCUGCACCCCACCGGUGGCACUCAGCCCCACCAUCCAGAGCCCACUGACGGGAAGGACGGUGCUUCACCAUCAUCACCACAGCCAACUCAGCCAUCUCCACAGCCAACCCUCCAGCGCCAUGGGCUCUCACAGUUCCCUCACCCCACAGACGUCAUGCCCCGUUAGGGUAGACGAAAGGGGGCAGAGGGCAGAGUCCUUAGUGGAUCUCUUCACCCAGGAUGUCAGGACUAUCUCCACUGUUUCCACCUCUGGUUCAGUCAGCUACCUGCCCCAAGAAGGGUCUCUAUCCAGACCGUCUCUCUCCAUACCUUCAGGGGGGUCUGGUCCUUCUCACUUCUCCUCUCCUCCCAUGACAGAGGGUAGCAGUAAUAAACUCCCACGUCACACCUCUGAGUCACUACACUCCCUCGGGAUCUGAACUUCCAACUCCUGUGAACCAAGGAGCACCGACCUCUUCACAUCCCAACCCCAGUCAUCCUGCUACCCCGGCCAAGACAUCCGAGGCAGAGUACAGACUCCCCGAACUUCCCUCCAACCUGUGAGGUUGAAACACACCCUCCUGCGAUGUCUAAACUAUGGGGAAAUUGUCUUCGGUAUUGGCAUUGUGUUUUUUAAUUGCUAGUGUCGGUUUUUUUUUAAUUCAAGGAGGGUGUGAAUGAGUGCAUAUCCAUAUUGGAGGAAAAAAACUGAGGACAGAGAUGUAUUUUUAAUGCAGAGUGAAUGACCUAACGUAAAAAGACAGAGUUCCCAGCGGGCGAAACCAGUUCUGGUUGUAAACGAGUGGUAAUGACGUCAUUUCAGCCAUCUUUGCCCGCUGGGUUAAGUAUUUUUCUACAGUACAAUGUUACUACUGUACAAUGUUGAAUGUGGAGGUACUGUACCAAUGUGGAUUGUUUGAUAAUGUUAAACUAUAAGAAAGUAUACUGAUCAAUUUCCAAUAAUGUACAAUAUGUAUUGUAGCCUAUAUCCUCACAUUGUAAUUUUGUGUUAAGGUAUUUGUUUAAAAGCUGUUGUUCAGACAUACACUAUAUAUACAAAAGUAUGUGGACACCCCUUCAAAUUUGUGAAUUUGGCUAUUUCAGCCACACCUGUU